AUGCAUCACACCACCCUGGAAAAAGACCGUGGAUCUACAGUGGCUGACGUGCAUCACGGCCUGGGAAAAGACUGUGGAUCUACAGUCUCUGACGUGCAUCACACCACCCUGGGAAAAGACUAUGGAUCUACAGUCUCUGAGGUGCAUCAAACCACCCUGGGAAAAGACUGUGGAUCUACAGUGGCUGACGUGCAUCACGGCCUGGGAAAAGACUAUGGAUCUACAGUCUCUGACGUGCAUCAUACCACCCUGGGAAAAGACUGUGGAUCUACAGUCGCUGACGUGCAUCACACCACCCUGGGAAAAGACUGUGGAUCUACAGUCUCUGAGGUGCAUCACACCACCCUGGGAAAAGACUGUGGAUCUACAGUCGCUGACAUGCAUCACACCACCCUGGGAAAAGACUGUGGAUCUGCAGUCUCUGACGUGCAUCACACCACCCUGGGAAAACACUGUGGAUCUACAGUCUCUGACAUGCAUCACACCACCCUGGGAAAAGACUGUGGAUCUACAGUCUCUGACGUGCAUCACACCACCCUGGGAAAAGACUGUGGAUCUACAGUCUCUGACGUGCAUCACACCACCCUGGGAAAAGACUGUGGAUCUGCAGUCUCUGACGUGCAUCACACCACCCUGGGAAAACACUGUGGAUCUACAGUCUCUGACAUGCAUCACACCACCCUGGGAAAAGACUGUGGAUCUACAGUCUCUGACGUGCAUCACACCACCCUGGGAAAAGACUGUGGAUCUACAGUCUUUGAGGUGCAUCACACCACCCUGGGAAAAGACUGUGAAUCUACAGUCGCUGACAUGCAUCACACCACCCUGGGAAAAGACUGUGGAUCUACAGUCGCUGACGUGCAUCACACCACCCGGGGAAAACACUGUGGAUCUACAGUCUCUGACGUGCAUCACACCACCCUGGGAAAAGACUGUGGAUCUACAGUCUCUGAGGUGCAUCACACCACCCUUGGAAAAGACUGUGGAUCUACAGUCUUUGAGGUGCACCACACCACCCUGGGAAAAGACUGUGGAUCUACAGUCUCUGACGUGCAUCUCACCACCCUGGGAAAAGACUGUGGAUCUACAGUCGCUGACGUGCAUCACACCACCCUGGGAAAACACUGUGGAUCUACAGUCGCUGACGUGCAUCACACCACCCUGGGAAAAGACUGUGGAUCUACAGUCUCUGAGGUGCAUCACACCACCCUGGGAAAAGACUGUGGAUCUACAGUCGCUGACAUGCAUCACACCACCCUGGGAAAAGACUGUGGAUCUGCAGUCUCUGACGUGCAUCACACCACCCUGGGAAAACACUGUGGAUCUACAGUCUCUGACAUGCAUCACACCACCCUGGGAAAAGACUGUGGAUCUACAGUCUCUGACGUGCAUCACACCACCCUGGGAAAAGACUGUGGAUCUACAGUCGCUGACGUGCAUCACACCACCCUGGGAAAAGACUGUGGAUCUGCAGUCUCUGACGUGCAUCACACCACCCUGGGAAAACACUGUGGAUCUACAGUCUCUGACAUGCAUCACACCACCCUGGGAAAAGACUGUGGAUCUACAGUCUCUGACGUGUAUCACACCACCCUGGGAAAAGACUGUGGAUCUACAGUCUUUGAGGUGCAUCACACCACCCUGGGAAAAGACUGUGGAUCUACAGUCGCUGACAUGCAUCACACCACCCUGGGAAAAGACUGUGGAUCUACAGUCGCUGACGUGCAUCACACCACCCUGGGAAAAGACUGUGGAUCUGCAGUCUCUGACGUGCAUCACACCACCCUGGGAAAAGACUGUGGAUCUACAGUCUCUGACGUGCAUCACACCACCCUGGGAAAACACUGUGGAUCUACAGUCUCUGACAUGCAUCACACCACCCUUGGAAAAGACUGUGGAUCUACAGUCUUUGAGGUGCAUCACACCACCCUGGGAAAAGACUGUGGAUCUACAGUCGCUGACAUGCAUCACACCACCCUGGGAAAAGACUGUGGAUCUACAGUCGCUGACGUGCAUCACACCACCCUGGGAAAAGACUGUGGAUCUACAGUCUCUGAGGUGCAUCACACCACCCUUGGAAAAGACUGUGGAUCUACAGUCUUUGAGGUGCAUCACACCACCCUGGGAAAAGACUGUGGAUCUACAGUCUCUGACGUGCAUCACACCACCCUGGGAAAACACUGUGGAUCUACAGUCUCUGACAUGCAUCACACCACCCUUGGAAAAGACUGUGGAUCUACAGUCUUUGAGGUGCAUCACACCACCCUGGGAAAAGACUGUGGAUCUACAGUCUCUGACGUGCAUCACACCACCCUGGGAAAACACUGUGGAUCUACAGUCUCUGACAUGCAUCACACCACCCUUGGAAAAGACUGUGGAUCUACAGUCUUUGAGGUGCAUCACACCACCCUGGGAAAAGACUGUGGAUCUGCAGUCUCUGACGUGCAUCACACCACCCUGGGAAAACACUGUGGAUCUACAGUCUCUGACAUGCAUCACACCACCCUGGGAAAAGACUGUGGAUCUACAGUCUCUGACGUGCAUCACACCACCCUGGGAAAAGACUGUGGAUCUACAGUCUCUGACGUGCAUCACACCACCCUGGGAAAAGACUGUGGAUCUGCAGUCUCUGACGUGCAUCACACCACCCUGGGAAAACACUGUGGAUCUACAGUCUCUGACAUGCAUCACACCACCCUGGGAAAAGACUGUGGAUCUACAGUCUCUGACGUGCAUCACACCACCCUGGGAAAAGACUGUGGAUCUACAGUCUUUGAGGUGCAUCACACCACCCUGGGAAAAGACUGUGAAUCUACAGUCGCUGACAUGCAUCACACCACCCUGGGAAAAGACUGUGGAUCUACAGUCGCUGACAUGCAUCACACCACCCGGGGAAAACACUGUGGAUCUACAGUCGCUGACGUGCAUCACACCACCCUGGGAAAACACUGUGGAUCUACAGUCUCUGAGGUGCAUCACACCACCCUUGGAAAAGACUGUGGAUCUACAGUCUUUGAGGUGCAUCACACCACCCUGGGAAAAGACUGUGGAUCUACAGUCUCUGACGUGCAUCUCACCACCCUGGGAAAAGACUGUGGAUCUACAGUCGCUGACGUGCAUCACACCACCCUGGGAAAACACUGUGGAUCUACAGUCGCUGACGUGCAUCACACCACCCUGGGAAAAGACUGUGGAUCUACAGUCUCUGAGGUGCAUCACACCACCCUGGGAAAAGACUGUGGAUCUACAGUCGCUGACAUGCAUCACACCACCCUGGGAAAAGACUGUGGAUCUGCAGUCUCUGACGUGCAUCACACCACCCUGGGAAAACACUGUGGAUCUACAGUCUCUGACAUGCAUCACACCACCCUGGGAAAAGACUGUGGAUCUACAGUCUCUGACGUGCAUCACACCACCCUGGGAAAAGACUGUGGAUCUACAGUCUUUGAGGUGCAUCACACCACCCUGGGAAAAGACUGUGGAUCUACAGUCGCUGACAUGUAUCACACCACCCUGGGAAAAGACUGUGGAUCUACAGUCGCUGACGUGCAUCACACCACCCGGGGAAAACACUGUGGAUCUACAGUCUCUGACGUGCAUCACACCACCCUGGGAAAAGACUGUGGAUCUACAGUCUCUGAGGUGCAUCACACCACCCUUGGAAAAGACUGUGGAUCUACAGUCUUUGAGGUGCAUCACACCACCCUGGGAAAAGACUGUGGAUCUACAGUCUCUGACGUGCAUCUCACCACCCUGGGAAAAGACUGUGGAUCUACAGUCGCUGACAUGCAUCUCACCACCCUGGGAAAACACUGUGGAUCUACAGUCGCUGACGUGCAUCACACCACCCUGGGAAAAGACUGUGGAUCUACAGUCUUUGAGGUGCAUCACACCACCCUGGGAAAAGACUGUGGAUCUACAGUCUCUGAGGUGCAUCACACCACCCUGGGAAAAGACUGUGGAUCUACAGUCGCUGACGUGCAUCACACCAUGGGAAAAGAGUCAAAGGAGGAAAUGAGAAUACCAGAUCCGAUUGCCUUGUCCCUGAAUAAAGUGACCAAGGACCAAGAGAAUGCCUCUAUCCCCAAACGUAGUGCUCUGAAAUUAGGGACAAAACAUUCUGUCAGAGCUCAUGAUUGA